AUGACAAAAUUCAAAGAAGCUAAAACAUAUAGUGACCAGGAAAGAAAGAUGCUAAUAAACUCAAGUGAUAAGCAAGAACAACAAAAACAACCGAUUUCGUCAAAAGAACCACUAAAUAAAACAAAUAAAACAAUACGCGUUGUAUUCAUAGCAUUGUUACUUGAUAUUCUAGCAUUCACAAUUAUUUUGCCAUUGUUCCCACGGCUGUUAAAAGAUUAUCAAGAACGAGAAGGUGGUGAUGAAACAACAAUAUUAUCAUUUUUUCUACAACAAAUAGAGUUAUUUAAAAAAAUUAUUGGUGGUGAUGAAACUGGUCAACAUGGCAAUCCAAAAUGGGAUAUUGUUUUACUAGGUGGUGCGAUAGGCUCAUUAUAUUCGUUUUUACAGUUUGUCGCGUCACCGGUAAUUGGCGUGUUCUCUGAUCGAUAUGGUCGACGGAAGACAUUAUUAGUUACAAUGAUUGGAAAUAUAUUGUCGACAAUUUUGUGGUUAUUCGCUAAAUCAUUUGGGUGGUUCGUAUUAGCGAGAAUAGUGGGAGGUCUGUGUGAAGGUAAUGUACAAUUAUCGAUCGCGAUUGUAUCGGAUGUUACGACGCGCGAGACUCGAUCAAAAGGAUUGGCGUUGGUUGGUAUUGCAUUUGCUGUUUCAUUUACAAUUGGCCCUGCUAUCGGUGCAUAUUUUGCGUCGAGAGAUCUAGCACAGCUUUUUCCUCAACUAGUUGAAUGGGGUCUUAGUCCGUAUUCAGCACCCGCGUUCGUCUCACUAAUAUUACUUUGCGUAGAAACUUUAUACUUGUAUAUUGCACUGCCUGAAACAACAAAUCUUGGAAAAUCGCAAAAGAAUAGCCUCAAUUCAUCCACAAAUGGAACGUUAAAAGAAAACCACAACAAAAUCACCACAUUAAUACCCCCAAAAUACGAGCAUCGCAAAAAAACCCUCCGAAUUCUAAAUUGGCUUCACUUUCUAUACCUCUUCUUUUUCGCUGGCAUGGAAUUUUCCCUUACCUUUCUGACGUUCGAUCUAUUCGAUUUCACAAACAUGCAAAACGGCAAACUAUUGGGCUAUAUUGGCGUGUUGUCGGCUCUAAUACAGGGUGGAUACGUGAGACGUCGUGCGCACAUUGUCGGCGAAAAGUAUUUAGUGGCGCAGGGAGUGGCAGCGUGUGCUGUUGGGCUAGGUGUUAUUGCUUUUCUUACGAAAAGUGUGAAUGGUGUCACUUGGCUUUACGUAGGUGCCACUUUCUUAGCGGUCACAUCGGCUACCGUUCGAGUUCAUUCAUCGUCGUCAUCAUCUUAUUCAUUAACAAAAGGAAAAGAACUCGGUGCGUUCCGAUCCUUCGGUCAAUUGGGUCGAGCAUCCGGCCCUAUAGCAGCGUGUAGUCUAUAUUGGAUGAAAGGAUCUGAAAUAUGUUAUGGUGUUGGUGCAUUUGCAAUGCUAAUCAUACUCACGAUUGUUAUUCUUAAAGCUCCAAAUAUUGAUGAUGCAAAGUUGAAAAAAAACGUAUAA